UAGAUCGUUGGAGACGAGGUUGCUCAUUGCAUUCCGCACGAUUUAUAUUUUCAAUUUGCAAUGUGUGGGUGCUAUUGAUCGAGCGACACCGCGACCUAGCUUCAAAUCACGCCUGUGCUGCCCCGACCGAUAUACCGUACCGUACCGCUGUAUUGCAGUACAGUGUAGUGGCAGCUAGCUCUAGGAGGUACCAGAGAAAGACGUAGAGACUAGAGUGACUUUGCUAAAAAAUGAACCGCUUGAGUGAGGUAGUUUUUCCUGUAAGUCGAGCAGUAGGAGAGGACGAUGAUUCUGAUGAGGAGAGUCAGAGGCUUGUAAACCCUGAUUUGGCUCCUGUGUUUAGAUGGGACGAGAAGCUCCUCAAUGGUGCUAAAAAGCUGGAGUGUAAAUGUCUUCUGAUUGCAAUAGGCCCAGUUGCAACAGGUUUUGUUGACAGUCUGUUUGGUCCUGAUGAGAGGGAGAUGCUGUGCAAUAUUUCAUGUGGAGGGAGUGAUGCACAAUCUCAUACUAGGGAACAAACAGCUCCCUCUGAUUCAUCAGCUUUUGUCUGGAGACGGAAGGGGAGGCCAGAGCUAGCGUUGUGUCAAUGCCAGCAGCCUGUCUCAAGCCAACAAACAUAUUCAUGGGUGCAACAGCUCUUUUCCACCGCCGCGCCCUCCACCGUGAUCAUCCUGGACAGCCAUAGAGUAGGAGAGCUGAAGACGGAUUUAGAUCUUCUCUCCAGAGGAGAUAGUUUUCCGUUGUACUCCCUCCGAUCAUCGUCUCUGACCGCUCAGGCGUGCUGUCCGUACCUAGAGCCUCCCAAUACUGUGGGUGGACUAGGAGCAGAGGUUUUGACGUACUGUGAAGUAAGCCGAUUACCAGGGGUGCUGUACGUCACAUUUGUAUCUGAUAGAGAACCGUUGGCUCUUCUUAUUGCAUCCUUUAUGCCUCUACUGUCUUGCUCUAUUCUUCAGCCAUACAUAAAGGACGUAUCUCAACAACUUGCAGCUGAGCAGAAGCAGUUGACAUCUUUCAUGAAAGACACAGGAUCACUCUACACCUGAUAUCAAUGGAUCCUAUACCAGUCAAACACCAGUACAUGACAGGGUGCUACUAACCCACUUGCCAAGGGCAAUCUAAAAUGG